CCUCCCCGAAACCAGCCCCGGGGGUUCGGGGAGCGGUCAGUCAGUGCAGGUGCUGAGAGCACCAGCACCUUCCUGCUCUUCCGCAGCACUAUGGAGGAGGGUAAAGCAAGCAAGAUAAAACUCACCUUCUGUGUGAUCGCGGUGGGUAUCAUCCUGGCGAUUGUGGCGGUCAGCACCGACCACUGGGCAGGGCUCAGCCCCCGGCUGGAGAGAACCAACUCCACUUGCGAGGAGGCUCACUUCGGCCUCUGGAAACUGUGCACGAAGAGGGUCUUUGUCCGGAGUGUGGACCCGGACGGGAAGGGCUGUGGGAAUGCCGACCUGCCAGGAGAAUAUAACUGCACAUAUUUCAAGCAUUUCACAUCAGGAGAAAAUGCAGAGAUUUUCCAAGUUACUACUCAGAAAGAAUACAGCAUUUCAGCAGCAGCGAUCGCUAUUAUCAGCAUUGGUUUCAUGGUGCUCGGUACAAUUUGUCUGCUGCUCUCGUUCAACAAGAGGAUGGAUUACUUCCUGAAACCAGCUGGCAUGUUCUUCAUCUUUUCAGGCCUGUGCAUCAUCAUCUCCGUGGAGGUCAUGCGGCAGUCGGUCAAACGGAUGAUUGACAGCGAGGAGACUAUUUGGAUGCAGUAUCACUAUUCCUGGUCAUUCACUUGUGCCAUUUCUGCCUUCGUCAUCCUGUUCAUCGGGGGAAUCACUCUCCUGCUCAUCUCUCUGCCGCGUAUGCCCCAAAACCCGUGGGAAACCUGCAUGGAUGCACCGCCAGAACAUGUGUGAAGUGGGAACGAGGAAAUAAAUGUACCCCACAAAUCAGGCGCAUGGGUGGCUUAUUUUGGACGGCUUCGUUUAUGCUGUUUAAAGAGGGAAGCUCAUUAUAAGGGGUUUCUUAAAACAGAAAAAUAAAAUGCAGAGAAGAUUGGUUCACAACUUUAACUUCAAAAUCCUGAAAUCGGAGAUGAAAGCAGAAAUUGCUAAAAUUCAAAAAAAAACUGCGGACGCUGGGAAUCUGAAACAGAAACAGGAAUCGCUGGAGAAACGCAGCAGGUCUGGCAGCAUCUGAAACAGAGUUAACUUUCGAACUGAGAAUGAGCCCCUUGCAGUUCUGCGUCAGUCCCAGUCUACUCCAGACAUUCUGCGUGCCUCUCUCUCUCCACGUACACCUUCCGUUUCCAUCUCAGAUUUCCAGUGGCCGCGGGGUUUUGCUUUCAGGAAAUGCUGAAAUAUUCCGGGUUUCAAUCGGGGAACUAGAGACACGGGAAGCUUGUCGUGGCCUGGGAAUUAACCUUUCAUUCUCUUCCAGAUGGCUGCAGCGCAUUUGGUGCUUUCUUUAAAUUUACUUAGCAGAACAACAGGGCGUGAAUAGGUCCACUCACCAUUAAUACUGAGUCAUUGAUGGGGUUAUGAUAAUGACUGUGAACUGCGCUGACGAUGGCUUUGCUCUCACAGCUAGCCUCCUGGUAAUGUUGCACCAUCGACACUGUCUCAGCACUCACUGUCUGUGAGGAUCUGUUUUCCAACAAUGAUUGUUUGAUUCACCUCUGUUGGAAAAGGGGCUACGUUAGCAGAAUGAUUGUGAAUGAUUGUAAGUGCUCUCACAACGGCAGAUUAAACAUUAACACCUAAAAUACACAGCCACAAAAAUAAAAAAAGAACUGCCGAUGCUGGAAACCUGAAACAAAAACAGAAGUUGCUGGAAAAUCUCAGCAGGUCUGGCAGCAUCUGUGGAGAGAAACGAGAGUUAACUUUUCGGGUCCACUGGCCCUUCCUCAGAAUUGGCAGUGACCAGAAGUGCUGCCAGACCUGCUGAGAUUUUCCAGCAAUUUCUGUUUCAAAUACACAGCCACAACUGGUUUCAAGAUAUUUUCUAAUCAGAGGUGUUAUCACGCAUCCUUAGAGCAGGUGAGAACUUGAACCUGGGCCUUCUGGCUCAGAGGUAAGGACGCUACCAUUAUGCCAUGAGCCCCUCCGAUUAGCUCCAAAGCUUAAAAGAAAUUCAGAUCCGCACGCUGUAUAUUGCAUUUACCGUAACAGACACUGCCUUUCGGAAAUUCUCAACCCACUAUAAACAGUUGGGGGAAGUUUUUUUUUUAAUGUGGUUCAAAUAUUGGUAUGUGUUUGUAGCAGUAUUUACUGUGGAACGUGUGAAUACAUGUAUUCAGAUAUAUUUCUGACACAAAAUAUUUGGAAAGGAAAUAAACUGCAAUUAAACAGGAGCACUCAAUCCUGA